AUCUUCUAUUGGAAUUUACGUGAGUUUUCCUUCUGAUUUCUAUAGAUCGGUAGAGCUGGUUUUAUAGAUACUCGACUUGCGCACGGGGUCAGCAUCAGAAUCCUCAGCCAAUGAAAGGGAUCGAGCAGCUCAUUCAUAGAAAGACACGGACGUGCUGUGGUUUACAGCUAUCUUUGCAGAGGGUGAUUUAACAUAUGUAACCUGUUGCGAUUUAAUCCUAGUCAACUUUGAAGAUGCCUUCCUCCUUGCUUUCUCAUACUGCAUUUGAACAAAUAUUUUUAUAUUCUUGUGAGUUUAAAAUAUCGCAGUGUCGCGUAAAAAAGUGAAAAAAGAUAUUUUUUUAAAUUCAUAAAAUUUUGGAAAUUUCAAUUACAAAAUGGACAAGAACAAUUCAACAGUGGCGGGACACGAUAAUUUUACUUUGAUGCCAGUAUGGCAACAGGUGGUGUUUAUCACGGCGUAUGUGGUGAUGAUUGUGGUGGCGGCCGGUGGCAACCUUGCCGUAAUUUGGAUUGUGAUGGCCCACAAACGGAUGCGGACCUUUACUAAUUACUUCCUGGUGAAUCUGGCAGUAGCCGAUACCUUGAUUUCUCUGUUUAACACAGCCUUUAUUUCCACCUUCCUGAUUUAUCAGGAUUGGUGGUACGGCGAGGCUUACUGUAAAUUCUGUAACUUUAUUAACAUCUGUACCCUGUCAGCCAGUGUCCUGACUCUCAUGUCCAUUGCUAUCGACAGGUACCUAGCCAUCAUUCACCCAUUGCGGCCCCGCCUGACAGUGCGCGUGGUUUUGGCGAUUGCUGUGAUUUGGCUGGUUUCCAUAGUCCUGGCCAUUCCUAAUCUUAUAUAUGGCAAGACCUUUGUGUUCCAAGGCAGGGCCGUCUGUUUAUUGACUUGGCCGGACUUUACAUUGGAUAGUCCCUCCAUGUUAGACUUCGGAUAUAAUGUCCUAAUUAUGAUAGUGACAUACGUACUUCCGCUGGUGACGUUAACUGUGACGUAUGCCAGAGUAGGGAUGGAGCUGUGGGGCAGUAGAGCUAUUGGGGAAAACACACCUGUCCAAUACGAGAGGAUUCGCUCCAAAAGACGUGUGGUAAAAAUGAUGAUUGUGGUGGUAGUGACAUUUGCUGUUUGUUGGUUACCCUACCAUGUGUAUUUUCUCCUCCAGUCCACAACAGACAUCACCAACUGGGAGCACAUACAAAACGUAUAUAAUGUGAUUUACUGGCUCGCUAUGAGUAACUCCAUGUAUAACCCUAUUAUAUACUGCUGGAUGAAUUCUAGGUUCAGACAUGGUUUUGUCAAAUUAUUUUGCUGCUGUCCAUGUGGAUCAUGCGCCAAGUUUAAGGACAGAUCCAAACCUGGUAUGCUUCCUGUCACAUUAUUAAGAAAUAGCUCUAAUACUUACGCAUUGGCAGAAAAACACCACGGAAAUGGGUGUACCAUUUACACUACCACUGAGUCGGUAGAUGACGCCAGUUCGUCACCUGUCAUUCACAAGAAGGGGCGGAGACAUAGUGCUGAAUAUUUAUGAGCAUGGUUAAACAAUGUUCACCAGAUCUAUUUAUUUAUUGUUUGUUCUGUGUACAGGACUAUACAUGUAAUACAAUCUUCUAUCAGAAUAGAUUUUACAUGUCAUCUUUUUUGACAUGGUUAUAAUUGAAAAUAAAAAUUUGACUUCUAAUACUGGCAGAUUUCAAGACAUGGCGUUUUACGAGUUCUUGUAAGAACGAUUACAAUCUGGUACCAUUCACAAGUUAAUCCAUCCCCUGCCGUAGACUCUGUGGUUUAACCAUAGGUCAGUUCAAAUUGUAUAAAAAUAUUUCAUUAUGAGCAUGUCAAAGCACAUUGUAUAGUUACUGCUAAAGCUGGAGCAUAUACGUCGCAGUGUUAUUGUGAGCUUCUACAAAAACAUAUGUACUGCUUCGUCUUUUAGGACUACAUUGUGCGGACAAAAUGAUUCAAAAUGCUUACUUUGACCCCUGAUAUUCACUGUUGAUUGCUUUUUGUAUCUAAAUGCUUUUGCACGUCUAACCCAAUCAUAUAUAGUAUUGUUUAGGGCGUAACAUUUCUUAUCAUUCCAUUAUUUUUUUCCUGCUUAUUUGUUGACCCUUUAAUGUACUUUCUUACAGCAUAUUAGAAGUUACUGAUUGUGUACAGUGUUUUGUACAUAUGGUUAUUCCUGUAUUAUAUGUAUGGUACUAAAUUCUAUCAAUUGUCAACUGCUUUUAAGCAUUUAUGUAUAUUUGUUGUACGUACAAACACAUAUAAAUUAAGAUAUACUUAAGUUGCCAAUUGGUUUGGGGACAACGUAUGUUGAAAUUUCACCAAGAUUAAAUGUAUUCAUAUUCAAUUUUUCACUUACGUCUUGCGAUAAGAAUUAUAUAACUGUUGAAUUUUAUGCUUAUUUUGAAUCAUGAAUUAAAUUUACGUAUAAAAUAUGUUAUUUAGAUUUUGUUUGCUAUUUCUUUCAGAAACAGACACGGCAAUUUACGAUACUCUUAUUAAGAAGGACGGUGUAAAACGCGUACAUUUUGGUAACAUUCCAUUAGCAACCUUUAAUAGUAGGUGAUCGCCACUAGGCGGCGCUGGACAAAUGGUGGAGUAUUCGUGUGCAAAGUAGUAAUCCACGUCCAAAUAACUGUCUUCAACUGAGCUCAAAAUUGAUAUUAUGUAACUGAGAAAACAUUAGUUAAAAUUAGCGAAGUCAUUUGACCAUUUUCAGAUUUAUAUGUUAAUACCCAUCAUAGCGUGUUCUCUGCAUGUUAAGAGUGUUGGCAUCACGAUUAUUGGUUUGCUAGAAUGCUAUAGAUCUUUGUUGAUUAGAGAGUGUUGUGAUGGAAAUGCUUAUACAUUAUCAACAGUCACGUGGGGCCAGGCAAUUACGUCAUCAGUUCCCGGAUUUCGUGAACGGGCAUUUUUAAUUUAAAAAAUAUCUUUUUUUUAAAAAAUCUAGAACAACAGGUUUAUUCAAAUUGCAAAAAAAUGUUUGAUGUUGUAAUUGAAAGUAUUUCUCUCAAAUGAUUUGGUCUUUUUCAAUUAAAUAAAAACAUUUUCAGAAAUCAGUGAAAGACCUGUAAACUGGUUGGCCUUUUCUCUGUAGUGUAGGUCGACCUUUUGUUGCUUUCACUGCAUCAAGUCUGGAAUUAGUUUUAGCAGUGUAGAUUGUCUUGAAAUACGAUCGAGUUAGGAUACGAUUAGAAUUAUGUCUUGUAAUUUUUGUUUUCAUAUUGAAUUGUACAACCAUUAUGAAUACAUUUACAUGUAUAAAAUAUUUGAUUUUAGUUAUAAAUAAAUGUUUAAAUUGAAAUAAUAAUGUAAAUACUUAUA